GUUCCCGUGCGCAGGGAGCUCAGGCAGAAGCUAGGUAACUGUUAGCAUGACAGUUAGCUACAGACCGAAAACAAAAUGCACAUAUCUUCCGCCUGUCGAGUGCAUGCCCGAGAAGCCCGAUAAAUGCAUACGUGCAUUUGUGAUUUUUAUGGCCAUUUUUGGCAAAUGGAGCAGGAUUUUUACCUCUUUUACUAAGCCACAAAAUCGAUUUAGUCGGCCCUUGGACCCGCAACAUUUCAGCAAGAAGUGCAUUCAUUUGCAGAUGAGAGGAGAGAGUCAAAUGUUGUUUGGAGGAGUAACUAAUGCAUAGAAAAGUGGCCAUUUGCACGCCUCUGAUACCACUCAAAAGUGAAGGUGGUGGAUUCUCCUCCAGUUAUCCAUUGUCAACAUUCGAUCUCCACUUAGUCCUCCACUUUACAACCCUGUGCCUUCAGCAAUCAUCUUGACAGUUCUUCUGUAUCUUUGGCAGCCAUGGACUGGGCUACUCCUGCUGCCAAACUGAACUCAUACACCCGUGCCCGUGUGACAGAGGCCUGGCAGCAGCAUGCUGUCUCCCAAACUCAGGUGGUCCACACCAUCCCCCCAGGAGCUGAAAACUCACUGGGCUGUACUGUGUAUGGAAUUGUCCUGCAGCAAGAGUCCACACCUCUUCAGCAACAGCAGCAGACCCAGCUUGGACACACACAGCAUGGAGGCGGGCAGCACAGUCAGCAACACUCUGCCCAGGACCAGCAGAACACCCUGCAAGCUAGUACUGAGGGAGGACACAAGUGUGAGGCAUGUGGACAUGAUAUAUCCCACCUCAGCAAUCCCCAUGAGCACCAGUGCAUGGUAAGUCAGGAAAGGUCAUUUCAGUGCACUCAGUGCUUGAAAAUCUUCCACCAAGCAACAGACUUACUAGAGCACCAGUGUGUUCAAGUGGAACAGAAACCCUUUGUUUGCGGGUUGUGCAAGAUGGGCUUCUCCCUCCUCACAUCUCUAGCCCAUCACCACUCAUCCCACAACAGCACCCAUCCAAUGAAGUGUUCUAUAUGUGAGAAGACGUACCGGCCUGGUACUUCUAGCAGCAUGACCCCCAACUCCUCCUCGAACAAUGCCCAGCAGCCCAGUAGGGAUGGGGCAUCAGCCAGCAGCAACUCAUCCAUCCUACCUUUCCCCUCGGCCCGUGACCGCCCAUACAAGUGUUCCGUAUGUCAGAAGGGCUUCAAGCACCUGUCAGAACUCACACGGCAUGAGCGAGUGCACACUGGCGAGAAGCCUUUUAAAUGUGACACGUGUGACAAGGCCUUCAGCCAGUCCUCACACCUGCAACACCACCAGCGAACACACAGCAACGAACGCCCUUUCAAGUGUGCGGUUUGCGAGAAAAGCUUUAAGCACCGCUCCCACUUGGUGCGUCACAUGUACGUGCACUCCGGUGAGCACUUAUUCAAAUGCAACUUAUGCGAGCUGCACUUCAAAGAGUCGUCAGAGCUCCUUCACCAUCCCUGCCACCCGCAGGGUUCCCGCCCCUUCCGCUGCGCCACUUGCGGAAAGGGUUUCAAGCGACCCUCAGACCUCCGCCAACACGAGCGCACACACUCAGAGGAGCGUCCUUUUCACUGUGACGAGUGUCAGAUGAGCUUCAAACAGCAGUACGCCCUAGUGCGGCACCGCCGUACACACAAAGACCCGGGCGAUAGACCGUUCAAAUGCAAUUUAUGUGACAUGGGCUUCAUGCAACCGUCGCACCUCCUCUACCACCAGCACGUACACGGCAUGGACAACCUGUUCAAGUGUGCCUCAUGCCAGAAGGAGUUCAGUCAAUCAGGAGAGCUGCUCAGGCACAAAUGUGGAGAGUCGCCAAACACUGCACCAGACAAGCCGUACAAGUGUGACGUCUGCGGCAAGGGCUACAAGAAGAGUUCCACGUUACAGCGGCAUCAAAACUCUCACUGCCAAGAAAAGCCCCUCAAGUGCUCCCUUUGUGAUCGUCGCUUCCUCUCCUCGUCCGAAUUCGUCCAGCAUCGCUGCGACCCAUCCCGGGAAAAGCCACUUCAAUGUCCUGACUGUGAGAAGCGCUUCAAAUACUCCUCAGACCUCAACAGACAUCUACGUGUGCACACAGGCGAGAAGCCAUACAAGUGUGACCAUUGCAACAAGUGCUUCAAACAGCGCGAACAUAUGACCAAACACCAGAGCACGCACUCGAGGGAAGGACAGUUUAAGUGUGUGUGGUGUGGCGAGCGUUUCAGCGACUUGGGCUCUUUACAGGAUCACACAGUGCAGCACACGGCUGAUGGAGGUGACUACCCAGUGCCCCAUUGCAUCUAAUUCAAUCCUUGAACUGAAUUUCUCAACUUAUUAUUCCACACAGUCCCGCCUCCACCAAGCAGUACAGUUCAAGUUUAGUGCGGUACAAAGUAUUUUUGUGUGUUUGGCUACCAAAAGAAUGCGUUUGUAGGGAUAGGCCUGUCGACAAAAACACUUUAUGUGUGACAACAAGAAUGGAAUGGGAAGAACUCAAGCACACCAUCUGUCAAAUAAAGCCAUGUUCUCACCAACAUAUCACAUCAGUUUGGAUAAUGUAGACCCUGAGCAGGCAUGUGCUUCUACCACAGAGUGGAUAGCUGCAUCAGCUACAUAAAUAGUGUGACGCAUACCAGGGUCACAGUGUGCAAUUCAGCAAUUAACGGUUCUGAACCAUAAUUCUGUCAUAAUCCACGGUACAGUGGAACCCGUUUCAACCCCUUCUAAGUCGACAAACUCAUUAAGUCCUGGUCCACCGUGUUCUUGUUCCUAAAAGGAUGACCGACCAAAAUAAAAGUGGCUACUUAAGCUGACGUUGACAUGCAUGGUCGACAAAAUAUGAGACUCAAAGAAAAAUCGGUCCAUUUAUGUUGACAUGUUGAAUUGUUGUAAUGUUAGUUAAUUGUUGACUUCAUCAUUAUCGCAUAACCAUAGAUUUGUGGUUAUGUCAAAAUCUUUAAAAAAACAAACUAACAAGCAGGAAAAGAACUGGCAAUUAGUCUUUGCUUUGGCCUAGGACCAAAGGUCCUUUCUUCUUUCGCAGCAAACGUUCUUUCGUUCCUUUUUCCGCAACUAACAAUGCACCUGUUUGCACCAAUGGAGAAAAAUCUGUGUCAACAAACUGCCGUUGGUUAAAAAGUCCUUUAUUGUUGCCCAUUCUCCUUAGGCCUGGUGAAAGUCCCAAGUAAAUGUGCAGGCACCGGUUAUUUUCACUUAUUUUCACCAUUCAUGUCGACUGAAACAGGUUCCACUGUAUUUUUAAACAUUUGCCAUUCACUUCAUUCCAUUGUAACAUGUUUGAAUGUGUCGAAUUCUCUGUUGACAAAUCAACAGUACAUGCACUAAAAAAACAAUACAUUUUUGCAUGAAUUCAGUCAAAACCAGCCUUUUAAAACGUGUGUAAACACCUUAAUUAGAAUGCUUUAAUCUUUUUAAAGGUCGGAUUAACACACAUAGACUAUUCUAUCGGAAAGCAGAUCCCUCUCACAUGUAUACACUUUCAUUGAUCGAUCAUUGGAGCGGGCUUUCUGCGCGUGCACCAGUCUCCUUAGAGGACUAAUGGUUUAGGUUAUUUCAAAUAUACAUACACUAUUAGGUUGAAGGACAUUGCAUAUUUACAGUUUUACAAUUCAACAUGUCUGAAGUAGGAGGUAGGACGAAGCACAAAGAAGACUAAGCCGAAGAAGCCAGAAAAUGAAGUAAGUUUAUAUAUAUAUUGAAAGUGCAUGGAUAGAAAAAAAAACACCCUACAUGUUUCAUAAGUAGCAGAACAUCCUAGAAGAAGCCAGUUUUAAAGCGUUACAGGACGCCUGAGUACAUCCCCCGCUGGGUAGAAACAUGGUGUGUCUAGCUCCGUCACCCCAAUUAGAGAUGACCAAAAUUAUCACGAUUAUCAAUAUUAUGACAGUAUGGAUCAGAUUUGCUGAAAAUAUGCACGCACCUCAAGCAUAGUCCACUUUAUAGUGCAAAAAUAUUAUUUUAUGUCACUGAACUUAACCAUACCACUCGGUGGAAACUGAACUGUAUUGCUUGGUGGGGUGCCCUUUUACUUAACUCAAUGUUCACCAUAUUUGCAACAAGUCUUUUUGGUUUGCUAACCUUUAAAACUCGAUGUAGUGUCAUUUUGUAAAGUUUCCACCUCUUAUUCUCUGCUUUUAUAAGCUCUUUUGCCACCUGAAAGUAACACAGCAGCUCCAUCCACUUAACUGCCACUGGUGCCAUAAUGGAGGUUAAUCCAGACCAGGGGUCACCAACGUGGUGCCCGCGGCCACCAGGUAGCCCCCCACGACCGCAUGAGGCACCCGCAAGCCUGCUUUUCAUUCAGGUUUUCAGUUAAUAAUGUGAGAACACUAGAAAGAAAAGUAUUCUGAAACAUAAAAUGUGAGUUGUGGGGGGCCACACCCCCCCUUUUGAAAAAAGCUAGAUCCGCCCCUGCCAGCAUGAAACCUAAAAUGUGAGUUGUGGAUACCAGCAUUUUGUGAAUGUUUUGGUAAAACAAGCAUAUUUGAUCUGUUUGGGUUGAAAUAAGGUAUGAAAAUCAUUUCUACAAAAAUGAGUAGCUCGUGGCCAUUUUCAUUUUCUAAAAGUAGCUCUCGCAAGAAAAAAUGUUGGUGACCCCUGAUCCAGACAAUAUUAGCAGCCGUGUAAGUAAAACAAAUAAAACGCACUUAAUGGCCAAAAUAAGGGGAAGCAAGACUUUAAUAAAUUAUUAAGAAGGGAGCAAUUUAUGGAAUAAUUAAUUUAGUUCCUUUCGCCGCCUUGUUUUUCCUCAAAUAUACACUAUCACCCAUCUGUUUUAACACAAAUGACUUUAUAUUCUUUGUUUUUUGUUCCUUGCAAAUGAAAGACCAACAAAGCCCUAAAAGAAGAUGCCUCUUUGUUUUUUAAUAGAUAACAGAAAGGUGUAAGAAUAUUCACGUGACUGUAUAACAGUAAACAAUCUAGUAUAAAAUAUACAAUACAUGAUAAGAAUAUAUGUUUAUCAUUUAACAAUACAGGUCAAAGCACUUUAGUGGAUAGCCAGCAAAGACCAAAGCAGUUAAUUGCUGUACAAAGUUUUUGCAUGUUUUAAAUUGUGUUAAGUGAUUGUACUUGCAGUUCGCCAUCAAGUCAUACUAAAUUAUAAGGCAUAGAAAUAAAUACAAUUGUUAAUGUCAGAGGGCCUGCACUAAACAACAAAACGGGCCGUACUUUACCCACCACUGCUCUUGGGAAACUGUUCCGUGUGUGUUUUCUCCCGAAAAUACUCGUCAAACACUCCUCUCCCUGAGUAUUACGUGUACAACGCUUCCAUCAGAGGUCUUUGCUGUACAUACUGGAUGUGUACGUGACUUGUUUACUUGUCAGAAUGUGUCUUUCUUAAAGAAAAUGUAGCAGACAGUGUUUUGUAUUCUUGCUACUUUUUACCUGGUGAAACUUUUUUCAAUUUUAUGUCCGUGUGGGCCAUGUAGCGAUUGCAUCAUGCUGACGGUAAAGAGAAACAUGUCUUCUUAGCGCAUGAAUGGAAGCUAUUUAGGUCAAACGAGGAAACGCAGGCUGACGAAGGGUUUGUCAACAAUGUUUGGGCAAAUCGGCAUCUUUUAACAAAUGUUGUAGCCCUGGGCUGUCAUAGAGGUGUUUUUGCACCUGCACUUUGACUUCAAAUUUCUGUCCUUAUUAGUAGGUCUGGUGUUGUCUGUCAUGCUAUAUUCCAUUCGUAGCAGUCUCCAUUACUUCUAUUAAACUGACAAGAUCCCCAUGUUCUUCCCUUCCCAAAUUGCUCCCGAUUAGCAGUUUGUGUGCAGUAUUAAAACAGUAUUUUUUAUUUUGAAUUGUCUGUUGAAGCGGAAAAAAGUAGCUCCUCUGCCUUUUUAAUCAUGCAUCAUCAUCAUCAUUCGCUGGCAUCACAAAACUAUGAGAUAUUACAAUAAGGAUUUUAUUGUUUCCCAUCGAUUUGUAUUCAUAAUUUCAAUCUUUAAAAAGAGAGACAUGGGUUGGCUAAAAUCCCAUCACGGUUAAUUGGUUCCACCGUGAUAAGUGAAUUUCUGCAAAGUAGGAUUACUUAUUUACAAAUCAAAUACUUGUGUAGUUAGAGCAUAGAAAACCAGUUUUACGACCUAAGUACGGAUUUUUAACAUUAUUAGAGCCCUAUAGACAUGAAAUAUCACAUCUUUACACACUUAUUACCCAAUAUAGUAAACCUAAAAACAGAAAAUAAGCCAUUUAAGACAUAUAUAAGAUCUGAUGCUCGUGCGUGUUGCAAUAAAUGUGUGGGGGACAGGAAGUUAAGGCGAGGGCUCAGAGUUGAGUUUUAGCUUGGAGUAGAUUACAGCCGCAACCGUAGCCCAUGUUAUUAUGAUUAUUAUGUUAUUAUUAUUGUGCCUGUUGUGAGAUCAUUCAAACCUGCAAUAAAAGCCUGUUGUUCCAGCAAUCAAAUCCGAUGCUUGUGUGCCUCACUGAACAUUACAGUAACAUUACUGACACCUAGUGACCAGUGUAGAAUACUACAUACCAAUGUGUCACAAUGUGUUUUCUGAAUAUUUGUAUUUUAGUUCAUUUAGUCAAUUGUAUCCUUGGAAAUGCUUCAUUAAGGCAAAAGUACAUCAAAUUUGCUUCAAUAUGCAUGGCGUAUUCAACCAGAAAGUGCAUGAUUUAUUAAUAUAUUUUUGAAAAACGGUGAUAGAGUGAAGUCGCGAAUAGCAUUUAAAGCAAAAUAGCAUUUAAAGCUAAAGAGUCGUUACUGAUGGGGUUGUUGUAGUUGUUUAUAAACAAACAUGCAGCACAUAAACAAAUGUAACAUCUUGAUAUUCAUUUGGGAGGUCAUAUCAGGUACAUGCACAAAUGUCAGCAGGGGUGUCCUGGGACAACAAUUUGGACUUUUUGCUCCUGACUGGUCCACUACAAUCCUGGUUGCUGUGGGUCGCGGUUGUUGUGUCCCUGGGCAAGACCCUUCACCAACCUUGCCUCCAGGGCUACCCACACCAGUGUAGAAAUGUUUGGUGGUGGUGGUGCGAAUUGUCAGUCUACUCCAGGGCAGCUGUGACUACAGAUGUACCCUACCGGUCAAAAGUUUCCGAACACUCCAAUUUCUCUGGAGGAAAAACCUACAUUUUUAGGUGUUAAGAUGGUCUGUCUCUCUUCCAUUGUUUAUUCCCUUUUUUCUUUUUCUAGCAACAAAAUACUUUCUCCAGUACAAUGAUGUUCAACUGAUGUUCACGAGGGUAUAGUACCCCAGUGUCUUCCGAACACUGUUUUUAUGCAGACAGAGGAGGUAAUAAGUACUCCUGUACAGUAAGUACAUCUGUGCUAAUUGCAUGCUACGCCACCACCAG